AUGGAUCGGGAUCCGCACAGGGUGCGCUUCAACGGGAGGUCUUGGGUUGCGGACUGGCUGCCCGGCGCACUGGGCGCCAUGAGGGGCGGCGCGGAGAGCCCUGGUGCCAAGGCCCAGCGCAAGCGCCCCAAGCUCAAUUCCGACGCCGCUGUUGAUCAAGAUGACAAGCUGAACCGCCGCCUGCCGCAGCCCACGAGGCUCACUUCACCCCUACUGGGGCUCUCCCUGGCCCUCUUCGCCCAGUCGGUCGGCGAGGCCGCCCGGCGCCGGCCCGACGGCCGGCCGGCCCUCCCGUCGGGCACUGCGGCGAUCAUCGCCGCCAACGCGGCCGUGUUCCUCGCCCCAGGCGGCAUCCCGUCGGGGGCCGUGUGCCUGGCGCCGUCCCGGGUGGUCGAGCGGCGGGAGUUUGGCAGGCUGGUGACAAGCGCGCUGGUGCACCUGGACCUGGCCCACCUGACGUCCAACAUGCGGUCCGUACUGGACGGCGGGUCGCGGGUGGAGGCGCUGGUUGGCCCGCGGGCGCUGCUGCUAGACGUGGUGUCCCUCACGCUGCUGUCGCAGGGAAUCCACGUGGCGUCUGCGUGGGCGGAGCACCGUUGGCUGGGCCGGUCGGCCACGUACAGGUCCACCUGCAGCGUGGGCUUCUCGUCCACAUGCUUCGCGCUCAACAUCCUGGCCGGCUACCUGGAGGACGAGGAGGGACCGGAUCCGGGCGCGGGCCUCAUCUCGCCUAAGUUCCUGUGCUGGGCCAACCUUAUUCUGUCGCAGGUCUUAUUCCCGGCAGCCAGCAUGCGGGGCCACCUGUGCGGGAUUGUCGCCGGGCUGGCGCGGGUGUACGCGCCGUGGCCGUUCUUGCUGGUACGGCGGGUGGUGGCCUGCAUCGUGGAGAGGCUGUGGGGUUGCAGGCGGCGGGGGGAGGACCUGGACGAGAAAGUGCUGAGGGGGAGGAGGUGCGUGGCCGACCUGUGGGGCCACGUGGGGCUGGGGGCGCUGGCCAUGGUGUACUUGACGUGCACCAGCGGGAAGCACAGAGCUCCGUCGGUGGGAGGGGGAUGUGGCAUUUGA